CUCCCCCCCAUAUCCUAGAUAAAAGUUCAGCGUUGCGCCUUGGUAAAGCCUUAGUUGUAUAAUUACCGUCAAAUCUACUACCGGGAGGGAGACUGGACUGUAACCGAAAGACCUCGCCAAUCACUUCUAUAUCCCCCCCCUUUUCCACCACGAUGGGCUCUUCCAAGCCAGAUGAAGUCCUCGCCAGUGAGGAGGUCACGAACACGACACCCAAUGCACCUGUGGCAACAUAUGGGAAAUCAUUGCUGAGCCAUUUCCUCUUUGACCCUUCCUACCGCAACCUCAACCAUGGAUCAUUCGGGUCAAUCCCCAGGGUCAUCCAGAGAAAGCUGCGAGAAUACCAGGACAUGGCCGAGGCGAGGCCGGAUCCCUUCAUCCGAUACGAGUUCCCCAAGCUCCUGGACGAGUCCCGCGAGGCGGUAGCUCGGCUCCUGCGAGCCCCCGUCGACACCGUCGUCUUUGUGAGUAACGCCACCACCGGCGUCAACGUGGUCCUCCGCAGCAUGAUGUGGGACGACGACCAGAAGGACGAGAUCCUGUACUUCAGCACCAUCUACGGCGGCUGCGGCAAGUCGGUCGACUACGUCGUCGACAGCCGCUACGGCAAGGUCGGCUCGCGCUGCAUCCCGCUCGAGUACCCGAUCGAGGACCGCGAGGUCGUGGCCCGCUUCCGCGCCGGCGUGGCGGCUUCCAGGGCCGAGGGGAGGCGGCCGAAGAUGUGCGUCUUCGACGUCGUCACCUCGAUGCCCGGCGUGCGGUUCCCCUUCGAGGCCGUGGCGGCGGCGUGCAGGGAACUCGGGGUGCUGUCGCUCGUUGACGGCGCACAGGGCAUCGGGAUGGUGGAUCUCGACCUUGCGAAGCUGGAUCCGGACUUCUUCGUCAGCAACUGCCACAAGUGGCUGCAUGUCCCGCGCGGAUGUGCCGUCUUUUACGUCCCCCUCCGGAACCAGGAUCUCAUCCAGUCAACCUUGCCCACCUCCCACGGUUAUGAGUCCAAGUUGGAGAAGCGGUACAACCCGUUGCCACCCAGCGCCAAGUCCAGAUUCGUCAACGCCUUUGAGUUCGUCGGAACCCUGGACAAUGCGCCUUACUUGUCUGUCAAGGACAGCAUCAGGUGGAGGGAAGAGGUCCUCGGCGGGGAAGCAAAGAUCCUCGAGUACCAACAGAACCUGGCGAAGGAGGGGGGGAAGAGGGUCGCUGAGAUAUUGGGGACCGAAGUGAUGGACAACAGCGAGGGCACCUUGACUAACUGCGCCAUGGUGAACAUUGCGCUACCGUUAACCAUCCAGGGGAAUGAUGAGGCAACAAAUGGCGAGACCGAAGGGAAGAAAUCUAGCCAGCCGACAGUCCCCGCUAAGGACGUGUUUAUGGUUACGCAGUGGCUGAUACAGACCUUGAAGGACGAGUACAAUACCUUCAUCGCACUGGUUGUGCACCAGAACCGCUGGUGGGCUAGACUCAGUGCCCAAGUUUAUCUGUCCAUGGAGGACUUUGAAUGGGCGGGGGAGAAACUGAAAGAAGUGUGUGAACGGACUCGAAGCCUGGAGUCUGUCAAGGUAGCGGAGAAGCCGGAGUAAUCAAGUAUUUCGAGUUUUGGAUAACGUGGGUUAGUUUCAAGAAAGCAAUAUAGAAAUACUUCAACCGAACACCAAGGAAAGUGUCUAAACACUGCCCGAGGGGACCGAAACCGGAAAGAAUCACCCGAUCUCCUGUAAUUAUUGGUUACCGGAGUCUAGCAUCUAG